AUGACCGGAGCUGCACGUUGGGGAGAGUCCUUGGUGUCGGAAACGACCAUGGGAAACUUUACCACGGGUGGUGACGCGAUUGAAAGGGUAAUCGCAGAGAUACAAGCCGAGAAAGAGGAGGAGAGAAAGGCGAGGGAAGGGGAAAAAGAGGGAAAGGUAAAGAAAAAGAAGAAAAAGAAGAAGAGUGAAAAGAAGAUCACGAGUGAGGGUCCGGUUCCAUCUGAAAAAGGUGAAACGGUUGCCAAGGCCUCUACCUCGAAAGAGGGGAUGGUAGCGGCAGAACCUCCUCUGGCGGCUGAAAAGACGGUCUCAAAACCGUCUACGAAGCCAAAAAAGGCGGCGAAACCGGUACCGCAGGAAAAAGGGCGAAAACGGGUGGAAAUCCCGGUAAGACCCCUCCUGGAGCAACCAAAGCCCAAACCAGAGGAAUGGACGACGGUGAAACGAAAAGUAAAAAGGAAGAAAAGUCAGAAGAGGGUUGUCCCGGAAGAAGUGAGAAUGCUUCUUGAGGAGACGCAAAAGGCCCGAGAGAAUAAGCACGGGGGAUACGUUCUGAGCUGGUCUCCGAAAAGAGAGGAAGUAUCGGAAGAGCCGAAGGUCACUUCUGAAGUGACCGAAGCUCAGAUGGUAAAGAAUCUCUGGGACGAGCUGGCGAAGAAAAAGUGUGCCCCGAGGUUUAAAAAGUUGAAAAAAGUGGGAAAGGACAGACUGUACGUGGAACCAGAGAAUGAGGAGACGAGGAAACUUCUCCAAAACGCUUCGCUCGACAUCCGUCGGGCGGGCGAGAGAAAUCCUCAUAUCAUAGUACAUGGGGUCGGGAUUGAGGUAAAGGACGACGAAGUCGCCGUGUUGCUGGAAGAGCAGAAUGAAAGUUCUGUGACGCUGGCGACGGGGUGGUUUAAGAGUCUGGAACUCAUCUCGCACAAAAGUAGGGUGACGAGAAAGGGACGGGAUGUAGAGUUCGUGGUAACUCCCGAGGUUGCUGGCCAGAUCGUGGGACAGACGAUGUGCGUCGGGCUAUCGCGGUGUCGGGUGGGUCCGAGUGUAAACGUGCGGAGAUGCCAUCGGUGUCAACGUUACGGGCAUACUGGGGUAGCCUGCAAGGCGCCGUCGGUGGUCUGCGGGCGUUGUGCUGGCUCGCAUCAUGCUGCGCACUGUGUUGCACGUCCAGCCCAAAUACGGUGCACGAGUUGUGCCGCUAGUGGCUGGGCUUGUGACCAUGUCUCGGGUGAUACUGCGAAGUGUCGAACGUGGGAGGUGAAUUUCCGGCGGGAGGCCCGGAAAUUCAAAUGGUCGGUGUAAGAAUAGGGCAGGUAAAUCUGGGACGGGGGAAACUGGCAACAGAUGACCUGCUGUCCGAGAUUAGGGAACGAGGUCUGGAUGUUGUGUUAAUCCAGGAACCUUUUGUGACGGGAAGUGGGACGUUUGCCAGUCUUGGUAGAUUUCCCCUUCGUUUCAUAACGGGCAACUCACCGGGUGAGAAACCAGCGGCGGCGGUAUUGGUGGUAAACCCUUCAUUGGGCGCAACGCUAAUAACGCAGUUUAGCGGGACUCACGUGGUGAUAGUGGAAAUCCGCAGCGGGGACAAAAGUCUCUAUGUGGGUAGUACGUACUUCCAAUUU